CAAAGCGUCAGAAAUACUACAUUUGUGUACAACUCCGCCGGCUAUCGCAUUUGCCAUUGAUACCGCAGUUUUUGACUUUUAAUGUAAAUAAAUUCAGUGAUAAGUCCGAUAAUCGUAAAUUCUGAGUUGAUAACAACGCCCUAUUUUUCCGAGCAGCAAAAUCGUAUUUAAUUUAAUACUAGUAUAAACCUGUCGAAGGCGCAGUGUAAAGGCAGUUAUUGUUGGUAAAUUAUAUUUUGGCCGGCCUUGGCCCAUUAUCAUACAUUAUCGUAUUUGAAUAAGUACAGUGUCAACGUAGAGUCGUGUUUGGUUAAAAACUUUUGUGAUAUAAUUCAUACAAUCGAAAUGGCCGCGAGUGUAUUCCUGAAAACAUCGAAAUUUAGUAUAUCAUCCCUACAAUGCAUGAAAGCAGUAGCUGUACAAAGAAGGACGUUCAGCUGCCAGCUCAACGAUCAGCAGAAGGCUAUCCAGGAGAUGACCAAGAACUUCACCACGGAAUACUUGAAGCCCAGAGCCGCUAAGCAUGAUUUGGACGGGCGGUUCCCUUUUGAGGCUAUUAAAAAACUCACCGACAUGGGACUGAUGGGCGCCUGCGUGGCUAAAGAGUACGGAGGGCUUGGCCUUGACUACUUGUCUCUCGCAGUGGCUGUGGAGGAAUUGUCACGAGGUUGUGCAAGCACGGGCAUGAUCGUCUCCAUCCACAACUUCCUCUACGCGAACCUGGUCAACGAGAAAGGCACUCCGGAACAAAAAGAAAUAUUCUUGAAGGACUUCACUAAGGGAUGUAUAGGAUGUUUCGCAUUGAGUGAGCCAGGUGCGGGAACUGACGUGGCGGGUAUCAAACUGCACGCCAAACUGGACGGCGACUGUUGGACGCUGAACGGCAAAAAGAGUUGGGUGACGUCCGCCAUAGAGGGCGCUGCCACUGUCACCUUCGCCACAUUUGACCCCGAGUUGAAACACAAGGGACUUGUGUGUUUCCUUGUGCCAAUGGACUCUGAGGGACUGUUCAGAGGAAAGAAAGAACCUAUAAUGAGUGUUAGCGUGUGCCUCAGGGCGGCGACCGCGUGCACCGUCACCAUGGAGGAUGUGCGUAUCCCGCAGGCGUACAUGGUCGGUAACCAGGGCGACGGAUUCAAGAUCGCCAUGGGCCAGCUGGACCAGGCCAGGAUCGGGAUCGCGGCGCAUGCUGUCGGGAUUGCCCAAUCUGCUCUGGAUACAGCCAUUGACUACGCGAAGAAAAGGGAGGCGUUCGGCAGACCCCUCACUAGAUUAGCGUCAGUUAAGGACCGGCUGACGGACAUGUGCAUCCUGGUGGAGACGGCGCGGAUGGCGACGUACCGCGCGGCCGUCGACGUCAGCACCAAGAACAGCGCCAUGGCCAAGUACAUAGCGGGCCGCAACGCCGCCGCCGUCGCCGACCACUGCGUGCAGAUACUCGGCGGUCGCGGACUCUCCACGCACUACCCCGCCGAGAGACAUUACAGGGAUGCCCGGGGCACGCAGAUCUACGGUGGCGUGACAGACAUACAGAAACGUUUGGUCGGACACUUCUUGCUCAAGGAACACGAUGCGCUAUGACGCGUCACGCUGGACCGGGUAACGUGCUAGUCUCGUAGCGAUCGUUUAUCGACAUCGAUAAAUUAAUUUGCAAAUAGAUUAGUAUCGAUGUACUAUUUGAAUUUUAAGUGCUGUUUUUGAUAUUUAGUUAUGCGAUCAUGGAUUUUAUUUUAUUAGUUUAUGAUCUCUUUUUACAGUGUUUAUUUUUCAGGCAUUUUAUUGAAAUAUAUAGGUUGUUAUUAUCUCUGAACUGUUGAUCGACAGGCUUUGUGGGGUGCGGAACGAAGUUUAAUUAUUACACUCUUAACAAGUAUUGAUGCGUAUUGCAGCACACAUUUAGGUAGUAUAGUCCAAAUUUUAGUUUCAAGAACAAAAAACUUAUAUUAAUCAUCAAGAACAAAUUUUUCUGUUUAACGAUAUCUGAUAUAAUAUAUUUUUUCGAGUAGCAUUUUUAUUCUCCUCAAUUGAGGUUGUAAAUAAUUUGACUACCCUAAUUAAUAUUACUUCAGUAUUUUGUACAUAAGUUAUUUAAAUUUUACUUAUAUUGAGCAGCUAUAAAACCAUCGAUUAAUUUAUCGAUAUCGAUAAGAUUCCUUCGUGGAUAACGACCAACACUGCCACAAAUUGUGCACAAAUUUAAGGUAACGGAUGUAUUUAUCGGCUAAUGAUUUAAAUUGUAUUUUAAAAGGAACGUUUUGUCGAUAAUAUAUUAAAUUACGAUAAUAAUUACCACUUUAGUGCUAGUCAUGGACUCAAACAAAGCUCAAUUUUCACUUUUUUAAAUCUAACAUUUCUAUCUAUUCUUUUUUUUGUCUAAUCAAUCGCUUUCUUUUAACAUUUAUUUGUUACUAUAACUUACCUUCGACCAUUCUUAAGAAACGAAACAUUUUAAUUAUGACUAUAAUAAUGAAAUAAAAGUCAAUACUAAUUAUCAUCUAAUUUUACAAUUGAGAAAAUACUCUUAUAUUAUCGAAUUGUUUAAAUAAUUCCUUGUACCAUCGUUUUGAUUAAUGUAUUUUAUAUUUUAAUUAUUAACCAUUUUUAGCAUUUAUAAUAAAAAUAUGGUGAUUGAAAUGUACUUAUUAUACCAUUCCAAUGUUUAAAUUAUUUAUACUACAUUUAAAAAGAACAUUUAUGUCCAUGUGUUAAGGCGCAGUUUCAUCGUAUGUACAUCCAGCUUAAAUGUAUAUGGGAAUAAACAACAAAAUAUAAAUGUGUAUGUUGUAUGCAACGUCUUCCUGUCAAAUAAAUUAUAUCCACUAUUGCAGAUAGAAUUGUAUAGUAAAAAAACAUACAUACAUACGUACGUUUGUUUUCCCAGUAUGCUGCUCUCAGCAUUUUUAGUUUAAUUGGAAAGUUUCUUGUCUUUUAAAGGGAGUUAAAUAUAGUUUCUAUGAAGUUAGGUCGCUGUAUUUAUGGGCCAUAGAUGUAGAUAAGAAAUUCGGCCGAAGAUUGUGCCACCGGAACUUACACCAGUCUAGUUUAAAGCAAGGUAUAGCUUAAUGCGUUAUUACAAAAAAUAUUCUGAACAUCAAUGGAUAGUGUGCUGUGCCUUGCCUCAUACAAUUUUACAUUUGAUUGCGAGAAAGCGAUUCUCAGUGUGCGACGACCUUAAUCACUAAUCAUGUCCGAUUUAUAUUUUAUUUAACUAAAGCAAUAGUCAGUAGCUAUAUUAUGUUUUCGGUUUUACGUAGAGUUGAUAGGUUUUGUACCAAACAACGAUAAAAUACAUGGUUAUCGUCGUGUUGGGAAAACAUACGUAUCGAUUAUAUUAUGUCCAAUGAGUUUGAAUUAUACUACAUUGGUAAGGUACACAGUGAAACGAAGUAACAAGUUUUAGUUAAUCUGUCACCCACAGAUACACUUUAACUUCACCGGUGACGGUUUAUCUCAAUAAAUCCUGUGAAAAUAUUUUCUGAAAAUAUUAGGAUGGUUGUUUUAAAUAAACUCAGAAACAAUUUGAUUUCAAUGUAAUUAUUUGCUCCAAUGGUUUUUUUUAAUAAUUGGCACUGGCUUCGUGUAAUUUGCGCUAUAAAUCGCUUCAGUGUUGGAUUUUUAUAGAAUUUUAUAUUUAUUUAUAAAUUUUUAAGUUGAUUUAUAAAUUGCAGAAGAAAAGAUAAACGAAAAAAUUGUUUUACUGUGUCGCUUGCUUGACUAUCACCUAUUUUGCUCUGAAUAUAAAUCCACAGCGAUUUAACUUCAAGCAUUAUGUAAAGGAGCUUCCAGUUUUAAAUAGCAAAUAGUACAGACAAAUAGAUACCGCAUAAUUAAAUCGAAUGGCUAUAGAUAAUUAGAAUAUGAAAUAUGAACAGAUAAAAAACUUUCAAAUGUCUUCCAAUAAAAAAAGUAAAUGUGAAAUAUACGUAUUUUUAAAAAUUGUUAAUAAUGCCAAACAAUGCAAUGGUUUUUGUUGUGUAUUAUAUAAUGACGUUAAGUGAAUAGAUAUGUAUAUUGUAUAAUCUUGUGCCGAUAUUAAAGAUAUUUUUGUA